AUGCCUCGCGUUGCUCAGAUGCCACGCUCUGGCAGCGCCAGAUCGGUAUCGAGGUCGCUAAGCUCGAUACCCCUCAACGAUGAUGCCGAGGAGCGCGGCAAACGCAUUCAUUCGCGAAAGGCCCUCCACGAAAAGCAAAUCAACCAGCUCAAGGCCGCUGCGUCCAACUCGCGCAAAACCAGCCUUGGCAUCGACGACAUUGAAAAUGCAGCACCAGGCUCGAACGCCGGCACGCCGCGCGCCUCGCGUGGCCUCGACCUCUCUGAUGACCCAAUCAUUAUCAACGGUGUCAAUCUCACUCCCGACAAGCGUGUCCCCAUUCUCGCCAACUUUGAGGAAUGGAUGAAGAUGGCCACCGACAAUAAAAUCAACGCCACCAACUCCUGGAACUUUGCCCUCAUCGACUACUUCCAUGACAUGUCCCUGCUCAAAGAGGGCGACGGUGUAAACUUUCAAAAAGCCAGUUGCACUCUCGACGGCUGCGUCAAGAUUUACACAAACAGAGUCGAUAGUGUCGCGACCGAGACAGGUAAGCUGCUCAGCGGCUUGGCCGACAGCAACAGCAAGAAGAAGGGCGACGGUGGAGAGGGUGCCGAAGAGGAGAGCGAGGAUGAAUUAGACGAAGACGGCAACGUAAAGAAGAAGCCCAAGAAAAAGUCGCAUCGAUCCGAAGCCACGCUGGCACCUUCAUUCUCAUCAUUACAACUCAAAAAAUUUGAGCUCGAGUUUUCUGUCGACCCUCUCUUCAAAAAGGCCUCUGCCGACUUUGACGAGGGCGGUGCCAAGGGUCUUCUCCUCAACCACCUCAUGAUUGAUUCCCAGGGUCGUAUCGUCUUUGAUAGCAGCGACGACACUGACGCUAUGGGCCUCACUGGCGACAAGAAAGCCGAAGUAGGAGCAGAAGCUGAUCUCGACGAGGACGAGGAAAAUCUCGAGAGUGACAUCUCGCAGCUUCAGAGCGACGUCGAGGCUCUGCGCAUCGAGGAGGCUGAGCAGGAAGACGACCCUCAAGAUAUCGAAAUUGACCUGACUGGUCUGCGACAGCGCUAUUUCCCUAACCUGAGCCGGCUGGACGAACUGGACGUCUGCCCUUCGCUUAAGGACUUCGAGCUCGGUGACGCUUCCGGAUCCAUGGACAUUCCUUUCCUCAAGGCCCCCGAGGACUGGCGCGGAGACGAGGAUGGACGCCUGCCUGGCGCAUUUGGUGACAACUCUGGCAUGCUCAUAGACGGCGACGCACCCAUGGGCUUUGAUGAUGACGAUCUUGGUCUGGGCAGUUUUGACAUUGGCGACGACGUUGCUUUUGGCGAAGGCGGCGAAGCGUGGGCAAGAGAGGCAGCGCUGGAACCGCAAAUGCGUGUAUACGACAAGGCCAUGGGAGGAGAAUAUGGUGCCGAGGAAGACGAGUUUGAUGAAAAUGGCGACUACGUCAUUUCUGUAUCAAAUCCACAAAAUGCUGAUAAGAUGCACCAAGAUAUUCUGAGCUUCUUUGAUCAGGCUUUACAAAAGAACUGGACAAGCGCCGAGCACUGGCGCAUCCGCAAAAUCAAAGAUACAAGCAAGCCUGCUGGCGACACGCCCAAAAAGCGCAAGGAAAAAGAGCCAUUCGAAAUUGACUUUGGCUCCGCGUUCGACUCGAGCUUCCUUGAUGCCCUCUACACACAAGCCGCAAGCAACACCACCAUCAGCCUAGCCAAGAAGGACUGGAAGUCCAAGUCGCGCAAUCUGCUUCCCGACGACAAACACUUCAACUCCAAGUCGCUGCUGAGCCUGUUCCUCAAGCCCAAGGCGCGCUUGAUUCAGCGCAGCACCGGUAACCCGCACGGCGUGCGCCGCAUGUUUGGCGGCAACCACGACGUGGACAACCAGCCUGUGGGUGAGCUCGACGAGGCGUUUUGGGCGCAGCAAAAGGCGCCCGAGGAGACGGCACUCCCUGGCGGCGACUACGAUGCCAACUUUUUCCAAGAUGACGCUCUGCCGUUUGCGGGCGGCGGCGACGAUGAUGACGACGACAUGGAGUUUGCGGACGCUCAGGAGCACCUGGGCGGCGCGGGCGCCGAUAUGGGCCUUACCGAGAAUGUGGGCGGCGUGACGGCCAUGUUUGGCGGCGACACCUUGGCGAAUCCCAUGGGAGCCUUUGGCGAUACGCUUGUCGCGGCGACGAGGCGCGCGCGUCCGGAGUACGUGCAGUAUGCGCGUGUGGCAAAAAAGGUCGACAUUCGCCGCCUCAAGGAUGAGAUAUGGAAAGGCAUGGGCCUGGAAGCCCUUCAAACACCAACGGCCGUUCCUCCGCCCCAGCCCGCCGGCCGCCGUUCCCUCUCGGAGCAGCAGCAGCCGCAGCAGCCGCCCGAGGACGCAGCCACGAACCCGACGCUCAAGUUCACAAAGGUCAUGAAUGACUUGCAGCGCGUGUACCCCAAGCCCGUCAUGAACGACAUUUCCACAUCGUACUGCUUCAUCAGCCUGCUGCACCUUGCCAACGAGCGUGGUCUCAUCAUUGACACGACCGAGGAUCUCAGGGAGCUGGAUAUUCGCAAGGAUUGGACGGCCGAAAAUCUAGAAGGCGAGGCGUAG